AUGCCCGGCACGCGGCCGGCCGAACGCGACCCCCUCCCCGCGCCCCGCCGCCCCGGCUCGGCCUGCGGCGAAGAGGAGCAGGGGGACCCGGCCGCCCGCUCGCCCCCCGCCAGCGUGCGCAGCCUGGAGUGCGACUCGGGCUACUCGGAGGCGUCGGGGGGCACGUGGCGCGAGGACGAAGCGCCGGUGCUGCGGCGGCACCCCCCGCCCCGCCAGCGGGCACACCGCCUGUCCGCCGGCACCCCCGCGCCCGCCCCCGCCCGCCGCGCCCGCCCCAAAUCCACGUCGGACGCCUGCCUGGAGCAGUGGCGGACGCUGGAGCCGGCCGACGGGAGGGACUGGACGGUGUCGCUGCUGUCGCAGAGCCGCAACCGGCAGCCGCUGGUGCUGGGGGACAACUGCUUCGCCGACCUGGUGGAGAACUGGAUGGACCUGCCCGAGGUGGGCGCCGAGCCCCGCCGUCGACCGCCCGCCGAGUCCUCGCGCCGCCUGGGCAAACCGCCCGCCUUCCUGCUCAGCCUCUCGGGCAACGUGCGCCGCAAGCUGGCCAGCAUGGCCCGGCCCCGCGCCGCAGAGGGAGCCCGGCCGGGUGGCCGCGACCCCGCCAAGCGCCUGUCGUGCCCGCUGGGGCUGGGCGGGCAGCCCAAGGGAGCCUGCUUCCACCAGUCCCACAGCAACAUCGCCCAGCUGGCCACGGACUUCCACCGCUUCACCGCCCUCAUGAACAGCCGCAGCCGCCAGCCCAUCAUCUGCAACGACGUCAUCGGCUACAUCUAGCCCCGCCACCCCCUCCCCGCUGUAAAUAAACCCCCGUUUUGUAUGAAA